UUACCUGCUGUCAUGGUGCUGGGCUCAAUUUUGGAAUCUCAAGGCCUUCCUCCGUCCGUGGGAAGCAAGUGUGCAAGUCUGGCGCAGGAAUCUGGGCCAUCUCAAGAGCAAACCCAGGAAUUCUGGACAGGAGACCUCUGGGAAGGAUGCCUACAAACGGGAGGCGCAGGGAUAGGCAGGACAUCUUUGGGGGCUACCGGAGCCUUUAAAUGGGGACAAAUUCUGAGGCCGAAGCUGACCCCUCCCAAAGGGCAGGCGUAUGGCUAGGAGGUGGGCCGGAGCCAAGCCGCAGAGCAGAACUCUCUUCUUGCAGGCUCAGAGUGCCCUGUGGUGCGCUCAGGCUGUGGGCUCUACCAGCGACUGCCCAAAGUCUGAAACGCGAAGGUAGUUCAGCUCCGUCCUCAUCUUGUCAAAGGAGCUCUCCAGUCAUCCCAUUCGCUGGGGAAACUGAGGCAAAGAGAAAUGAUGAAAGAUAUUGCCAUUAGGGCCGGGUCCUGGCUCCUUAGCUGGGUCACUGCACCCACUCUACAGCCUUGGAGACCCCAGAGCAGCUCUCUGGAUCUCUUUCUCCUUCUACCCUCCCUUCCUCUCCGCGGCCGGCGCUGGGGAAGCGGCAAAGAGGAGUGGCCCAGCUGGAAGAAUGCUGGUGUGUCGAGGAGGCAGAGCCCGACACUGUCUCCCCACGGUUUAAGAAGCACCGAGCCGAGCCCAGGCGACCCAGCCGCGUGGGCCGUGGACCGUGCACCUGAACCGCUGGAGGCGCUGACCGAUCCGCCUCCCGGAGCCUCCGGGCUUCGACAUGCUGGAGGAGCCCCGGUCUCGACCUCCGCCCUCGGGCCUCGCGGGUCUCCUGUUCUUGGCCUUGUGCAGUCGGGCUCUAAGCAAUGAGAUUCUGGGCCUGAAAGUUCCUGGUGAGCCGCCGCUGACUGCCAACACCGUGUGCUUGACCCUGUCGGGUUUGAGUAAGCGACAGCUAGGCCUGUGUCUACGCAGCCCCGACGUGACGGCGUCGGCGCUUCAGGGUCUGCACAUCGCGGUUCACGAGUGUCAGCACCAGCUUCGGGACCAGCGCUGGAACUGCUCUGCCCUGGAGGGCGGUGGCCGCCUGCCGCACCACAGCGCCAUCCUCAAGCGCGGUUUCCGUGAGAGUGCUUUCUCCUUCUCCAUGCUGGCUGCUGGGGUCAUGCAUGCUGUUGCCACAGCCUGCAGCCUGGGCAAGCUGGUGAGCUGUGGCUGCGGCUGGAAGGGCAGUGGUGAGCAGGACCGGCUUCGAGCCAAACUGCUGCAGCUGGAGGCACUGUCCCGGGGCAAGAGUUUUCCCCACUCAGUGCCCAGCCCUGUCCCUGGUUCUGGCCCCAAUCCUGGCCCCCAGGACACAUGGGAAUGGGCUGGCUGUAACCAUGACAUGGACUUUGGAGAGAAGUUCUCUCGGGAUUUCUUGGAUUCCAGGGAAGCUCCCAGGGACAUCCAGGCACGAAUGCGAAUCCACAACAACAGGGUGGGGCGCCAGGUGGUAACCGAAAACCUGAAGCGGAAGUGCAAGUGUCAUGGCACAUCAGGCAGCUGCCAGUUCAAGACAUGCUGGAGGGCAGCCCCUGAGUUCCGAGCUGUAGGGGCAGCACUGAGAGAGCGGUUGAGCAGAGCCAUCUUCAUCGAUACCCAUAACCGCAAUUCUGGAGCUUUCCAGCCCCGCCUGCGACCCCGUCGCCUCUCAGGAGAGCUGGUCUACUUUGAGAAGUCCCCAGACUUCUGUGAGAGGGACCCCACGGUGGGCUCCCCAGGCACAAGAGGCCGGGUCUGCAACAAGACCAGCCGCCUGUUGGAUGGCUGUGGCAGCCUGUGCUGUGGCCGAGGGCACAACGUGCUCCGACAGACACGAGUUGAGCGCUGCCAUUGCCGUUUCCACUGGUGCUGCUAUGUGCUGUGUGAUGAGUGCAAAGUCACAGAAUGGGUCAAUGUGUGUAAGUGAAGGUCAGCCUCACCUUGGGUUAAGGAAGAGGACUGUGUGGGAUGGGCUUUCUCAGCCCUUUGCUUUGAUUUCUGUUCAGGGUUAAUCUUGGCCAGUGGACGCUCAAGUAUCUACCUGGAAACAGCUUUAGGGGUCAUGUGGGUCAGGUGGAGCCUGUGAUAUGCAGCCUUUCAGGGGAAGUGGCCAGGGUCUUCUGUUCAUUAAAACAUCUGAAUGGACUAAGAUGAAAUACACGAUACUGUUCCCUUCUUCUCAACCCUUGGAUCGCUUUGGCCCAGAUUUAUUUGGCUGGGGAGUUUCUAUAAUUUAGCCACUCCUCUUCCUUGAAGGAUAACAUCUGGCAUUGUAUGGAAUCAUAUUAACUAAGACCUGUAUAUACAAAGACACCAUCUCUUCCCAGUUACAGUUCUCAAAUUCCUCCACUACAAUCUGGACCCCCUUUUAGGGACCAUGGGUGACAGUAAUGGUAGAGAGGUUUUUGAUUGGGAAAGGACAUAACACUGGGGGUAGGAGAGGGAACUCUGAGUCUCCAAAGAGCUGUCCAUCCAGGCCCUUAGGGAAAUGUCUCCUUCCAUUCAGAUGUUAAAGGAGCCCCUCCAAAGGAAAUGUUUGAUCUAUGACUCUUGGAGCCUCUUUCCCUUCCCCAGCAGGAAGGGUGGGAAUGGAUAAUUUAUUGUACUGAAAUAUGUUCUUGGUUCCUGUUUGAAACUAAAAUAAAUUAAGUAACCUGUCUAGUGAAUGCAGACGGUGAUAUAUCUAGCCAAGUUUAGGGCACCAGCCUAUGGUUUCUUUUCCAGGUGAAGACUCCUAUGCUCCUGUACUCAAUGACUUUAUGUAUAUCUUACUGACUUCCACAAACGUUUUGAUGCUCAGUGACAUAGUUGGAAAUUUUUAAUUUGUAAAACCAAGGGGGACUUCUGGGUGGGAGGGCUUACAGAUCCAAAUGUAGGCCCUGUUCAUUCUAAAGCACCUCAACUCCAGGUCUCACCUUGGUAAUUACCUAGAACAAAGGUUGGCAAUAUUUUUUUCUGUAAAGGGCUAGAUGGUAAAUAUACUAGAUGAUCUAUAUUGUGGUCUUUGUGUCAACUACUCACCUCUACCAUAAUUACUCUAUCUGCUGUGUCAGCAGGGGAUAGAGCAAAGAAGACAUACACCAUACAUAAAUGAAUGGGUAUGGUUACAUGCAAAACAAUUCACAAAACUAGGGUACAGACCAGAUUUAGUCCUCCUCCCACAUACUAUGAAGGCACACAUUUGCUAGGGUUUUCAAGUUUUUUUUUUUGACCUUUUUGAGACAGGGUUUCCCUGUAGCCUUAGCUGACCUAGAAUUUGCUAUGUAGACCAGGCUGGCCUGAACUCACAGAGAUCCACCUCCCUCUGCCUCCCUAAUGCUGGAAUGGGAUUAAAGGUGUGCCCCACCAGGCAGUUCUUUUGUUUUUAUGGUUUGUUGAGGAAUGUACCCUAGGACGGCCAGGAAGUUACUAUAUAUCCCAGGUUGGCCUCAAACUCUCUAUUCUGUUUCAGUCUCCUGAGUACUGACAUUACAAGUGGGCCCCACUGGGAAAGAUUGUAAGAGCCAGGGAGGAGGUGCGUCAACAUAUGGAAAUAGUCCUACAGGCUCCUGGGACUCUUCUCAUAAGAAUUUACAGCAGUGGUGUCAGCAUACACAAGA